AUGUCUAAGAAUGACCAAAGAACUUUAAGAAAUAUUGCAAAUUGCUUAUCAAAUGUGUUUAUUGCCAAUGAAUCUAUUGAUGUGAAAUGGGGAAACAUUUCAUUAAUAAACGCAGAAUUGGCUUGCAUGAAAACUCUUUGGCUAUAUAAGAAUUGGAAAUACUACAUCAAUCUCACAGGACAAGAAUUUCCGCUGAAGACCAACCGUCAGAUUGUCGCUAUUUUAAAAGAAUUAGACGGUGCCAAUAUAGUUAGUGGUAAUGCUGAAAAAGCAAGGACUGUCUUUGCAAAACGAUAUAAAAUGGCUAAGUCACCCCCACCUCAUAAUAUUACACUUGCUAAGGGAUCCAUGCAUGUCGCUGUUAACAGAUAUUUUGUUGAUUUCUGUCUUCAUGAUCAAAGGUCUCUUGACUUUUUAGUUUGGUUAAAGCAAACUAAAAUACCAGAUGAGUUUUACUUUUCAUCCUUGAACCAUAACCCACAUCUAGGAAUCAAAGGUUCUUUUACAGGAAAGGCGGAAGCAUACGAUUUAAAACCAUACUUUUUGCGUUACGUUAUCUGGCAAUAUCCUGGUCGUAUACCAUGCAAUGGAAAAUUUGUUAGAGAAGUGUGCAUUAUCGGACUAAUAGACCUACACAAAGCUUACAAUAGUACAGAAUUAUUUGUAAAUAAAUUUCAUCUUGACUUUGAACAUAUAGCACUAGACUGCUUAGAAGAAGUGUUAUAUGAAAAGACAUGGGUAGAGUAUAUGAAAGACCUGCCUGUCAAUACAAGUUAUUACAGGACAUUAGAUUACGCAAAGUUACAACUGAAAGUGUGA